AUGGGAGUUUGGAAAGCCGUGGUUUCGAUGACAGCCAUGGCCCUUGGCGUCGUAACGGCUGGUGAUGUGAAGGUGUUGACGCCCGACAAUUUUGAUGAAGUAGUAGACGGUUCCAAGCACGUGUUGGUCAAGUUUUACGCGCCGUGGUGUGGUCAUUGCAAGAGUCUGGCGCCGACGUACGAGACUGUAGCGACGGCUUUUCAAAAGGCGGACGACGUUGUGGUAGCUGAAGUGGACGCUGACAAUUACAAGGAUUUAGGCUCCAAGUUUGAAAUCACGGGAUUUCCCAAGCUCAAGUACUUCCGCAAGGGUUCGACGGAGGCUGAAGAUUACGAGGGCGGCCGUAGCGAGGAAGACUUUGUCACGUUUUUGAACGAGAAGGCCGGCACGAAUGUGCGUGUGGCAAAGGAGCGAAGCUACGUGACUGCUCUAUCUGAUGCGAGCUUUGAUGCGGAGGUGAUCCACUCAAAAAAGCACGCUAUUGUCGAGUUUUACGCUCCUUGGUGCGGCCACUGCAAGUCUCUAGCCCCUAUCUACGAAGAGGUGGGCGCUAUCUUUGAGGGCGAGGACGAUGUGCUUAUUGCCAAAGUCGAUGCCACGGCUAACGAGGAGCUGAAAGAACGCUUUAACAUUAAGGGUUUCCCGACACUCUUCUACUUCAGCCCGGACUCGGACGAGCCCGAGGAUUAUUCGAACGGUCGUGACAAGGAAUCGUUCGUCGAGUUUAUCAAUGAGCACGCCGGCACACACCGUUCUGUGGACGGUAGCCUGACGGCUGAGGCCGGCCGCGUCGAUCAGUUGGAGGUGAUCAUUACGGAGAGCAGUGACAUCACGGCGGAUGUGCAGAAGAAGGUGCAGAAGGUUGUUGACGGUCUGGACAGUAGCGACGCCAAAUACGGUUUGCUGUACGUGAAGGCUAUCAAGAAGAUCGUUGCCAAGGGCCCCUCAUACGUGGAUACCGAGAUCUUGCGUCUCGAGGGUCUGCUAGACAACGAAAACGUGACUGCUCAGAAGAAGACGCUAUUUGGGCUCCGCAAGAAUAUCCUCAAAUUUUUCCAGGAGAAGCUGAACGAGAAGACAGAGCUGUAA